UUUAAAAGGAACAAAGUGUAAUGGUUUCAUGAUUGAAAGUCUGAAUUUCCAUAAUAAAAGACUUCAACAAUCCGUUGAGACCUAUAAGAAAAAUUUACUUCAAAAGCAUUGAAGAGAAUGAAGAUACAAGUGACUCACACUCAAUAUCCUCGUACCUACACUGUCUCUGGUGUUGCUGACCUUGGGGCAGAUCGUCAGAAAUUUCCCCUGGAUAAAGGUCAAGGUAGAACUGUUCAGUGUACAGUGGAGAAUUAUUUUUUUGAGACAUACAGGAAAAAGCUGAAGUACCCAAGGAUAAACUGUCUGAAUGUUGGACCAGCAAACAGAAACAUCUACCUGCCAAUUGAGUUUUGCAAGAUUGCUAAGGCACAAAAGGUAGCGAAGAAGCUCAGUGACAAUGAGACUGCACAGUUUAUUAGAAGCACAGCCAAAAUCCCAGCACAGAGGUGCGCCAAAAUCAGAGAGAUUGUUCACAGUCAGAACUUCUCGACUGAUCCACUCAUGAGAGCUCUGCAGUUUUCCAUAUCAGACCAGCCGAUGAAUCUAGAUGGAAGAGUUUUGCCGCCCCCUAGGCUACUGAUGAAUGAAGAGUUGAUACCUGAUAGGGGUGUGUGGGAUGCAAGAAAUCGCCAGUUCUUUACAGGUGCCACCUUGGAUUGUUGGGCCGUUAUUAACUCUGAUGCAUACUACGUCAGGACACAAAAUCUGAGGGCGUUUGUAGGCAACCUUCUAAGAAUGGGACGUGAGCGAGGGAUGAAAAUGCAGCCGCCAGUAGAACUGCUCGAAUUCCAGAAUUCCCACGAUGUCGAUCCAGAGACACUCUUUAAACAGCUCAAAGGAAAACAUAAAAAUAUUCAGAUGAUAAUGGUAGUGUUACCAAAAUCCAAAGAACUGUAUGGUAAAGUGAAGAAAGCUGGUGACAGAGUUGUGAGGAUCAUAACACAGUGUGUGAAGGGUGCUAAUGUGAUGAAGAAUGAACCUGCCACAGUGGGCAACCUUUUGCUCAAGAUCAAUGCUAAAAUGGGAGGCACUAACAACGUGCUCGGUGCCCCCUCACGACCUUUUGUAAAUUAA